AUACAUAUAGGCGAGUUCAAACCUCAAACCUAACAACUCCCAUCAUUCGCCAACUUCACUCUGGAAACCCCUAUCUAGCUUCUGUCUCUCUUUCAACCUACUUCAACUCAAAACCCAUGAACCGAUCUCUAACUUGACCUUCUUUUAUAAGAUUCUAACUACAAGGGCUAGGCAAGCAAUUUAUCGAUCAAGAUGAGAGCAGGAGGUUGCACACUCCAACAGGGUCUGACUACAGAGGCUGCAAACAUAGUAAAGCUAGCACUAACCCUAGCAAGGCACCGAGGCCACGCCCAAGUGACUCCUCUCCAUGUUGCGAACACCAUGCUCUCUUCUUCAACCGGCCUAUUGCGAACUGCCUGCCUUCAGUCACACUCUCACCCACUUCAAUGCAAAGCACUAGAGCUUUGCUUCAAUGUUGCCCUCAACCGCCUCCCGGCAUCCAACUCCAGCCCCAUGUUGGGUGGCGGUCACCACCCACAAAACCCUUCCAUCUCCAAUGCCUUGGUCGCUGCUUUCAAGCGUGCGCAGGCUCACCAACGACGAGGUUCCAUUGAGAACCAGCAGCAGCCCCUCUUGGCAGUGAAGAUAGAGUUGGAGCAACUCAUUAUUUCAAUCUUAGAUGAUCCUAGUGUAAGUAGAGUCAUGAGAGAAGCUGGGUUUUCUAGUACCCAAGUCAAAAGUAAUGUAGAACAAGCUGUCUCCUUAGAAAUAUGCAACUCCCAAACUACAACUCCUCCUUGUAUAAGUCGUAGUAAGUCGAAGGAGAGUAAUCUCCAGUUGAUUCCUUUGCCAGUGGUACCUAGUCCAGAUCCAGUCAGAAAUGAGGAUGUGACAAGUGUUAUAGAGAAUUUGGUGAAGAAAAGAAGGAAGAGUAUUGUGAUUGUGGGUGAGUGUCUUGCUAGUGCUGAGGGCGUGGUUAGAGUGGUUAGAGGAGUGAUAGAGAAGGCUGAUAAGGGAGAUCAACAUGAUGUCGUCGACGAGGGUUUUAGUUUGAGGGAGGUGAAGUUUGUAACUCUAUCUCCCUCCUCUUUUGGACAUCUUUCAAGAGUAGAGGUGGAACAGAAACUUGGGGAACUCAAUAGCCUAGUGAGGAGCUGUGUGGGAAAAGGAAUAAUCUUGUAUCUGGGAGAUCUCAAGUGGAUUACUGAAUAUAGGGCUAGUAGUGGUUCAAGUCAUGAUCAGCGGGUAAUUAGAGGGUAUUAUUGUCCUGUAGAGCACAUGGUCAGGGAGCUUGGGAACCUGGUUUGUGGGAUUAAUGGGGAGACUAAUGGUGGGAGGGUUUGGCUUGUGGGGAUUGCUACUUAUCAAACUUACAUGAGAUCCAAAUCUGGCCAGCCAUCACUUGAGACUGUUUGGGGUAUUCAUCCUCUAACAAUUCCCAUAACCAGCCUGCGCUUGAGUCUUGUCACAGCUGAAAGUGAGCUACACAGUGAGUCAACUAGCAAGAUGGCUGAAAGUGGAACUAGCAGGCGAGUAGUACUCGAAGGGGGAGAUCGGAAGCAGCUCACUUGCUGUGACGAAUGCUCAGCCAAGUUCGAAGAAGAAGCUCAAAGCUUACGAAGCAGCAGCAUUUGUAACAGUGAAUCGACCACAUCAAGCCUUCCUGCAUGGCUCCAACAGUACAAGAAUCAGAACAAAGGAAUAGACACAACUAGUGAUAAUCAUCAGAACUCCGUCUCAGUUUCAGACAUUUGCAAAAAGUGGAACUCCAUUUGCAAAGCAAUACACCACCAACAACGUUCCAAUAAUUCUCCCGAGCUCAAGACCCUUACAAUAUUCUCUUCUCUCUCACCGUCUUCCUCGACUUCCGGUUUUUCAUACGAGCAGCAACAAUACCCUACUUUGCACGACCAUCAUUCUCGGAGGGACCAGCACUUUUGGAUAUCAGAAUCUCGUGACAAAGCUGUAGAUCCAAAUUUGACAAUGUACUCAUCAAAUCCUAAUUCUACUCCUAAUUCGGCUUCGUCUAGUGAUGUAAUGGAGAUGGACUAUGUUCCGAGGUUCAAGGAGAUCAAUGGCGAAAACCUAAAAACCCUAUGCAAUGCAUUGGAGACAAAAGUGCCGUGGCAGAAGAAUAUAAUUCCGGACAUAGCCUCCACAAUCUUGAAAUGCAGGUCCGGAAUGGUCAGAAGAAAAGGGAGUAAGGUGAGCACUAAUUUCAUUCCCGAGGUAAAAGAGGAAACAUGGUUGUUCUUUCAAGGUCUUGAUAUGGAAGCUAAGGGGAAAGUUGCAAGGGAAUUGGCUCGUCUUGUUUUCGGGUCUCAAACCAACCUCAUUUCCAUUGCACUCAGCAGUUUCUCGUCGACCCGAGCAGAUUCGACCGAGGAUUGCAGAAGCAAGAGACCAAGAGAUGAACAAAGUUGCAGCUAUGUGGAAAGAUUCGCUGAGGCAGUGGCGUUUAAUCCACAUAGGGUUUUUUUAGUUGAAGAUGUAGAGCAAGCGGACUAUUGCUCUCAAAUGGGAUUUAAGAAAGCGAUCGAAAGAGGAAGGAUAACAAAUUCGAGUGGAGAAGAAGUUGGCCUUGGAGAUGCCAUCAUUAUUUUGAGCUGCGAAAGCUUUAGUUCGAGAUCAAGAGCUUGCUCUCCACCUAUAAAGCAAAAAUCAUCAGAAGACGAAGAUCAUAAGGAGUCAAGUCCUUAUGCGUCUUUGGAUUUGAACAUUUCGUUUGAUGAUGACCAUGAUGAAGGUGAUCAGUCAAUUGAUGACAUUGGUCUUCUUGAAUCGGUUGAUAGAAGGAUCAUUUUUAAAGUUCAAGAACCGUAAACAUCGGGAACAAUAUGUCAUCAGGUGUUUUUUCUUUCUUUGUUCAACUUUUGGGAUGCCUUUUUAGGUUCUUACAAAACUUUCCUUGUUUAGUAUGUUUUUAGAUUCUUAGGUCUUAACUUAAUUAGCGAAUCCUAGGGCUGGAGAUUUAAAGAUUUUUCUCUUUAUGUAAAACAACUAUAUAUAUGUAAAUUAUGAUCUAUGAUUUCCAUGUACAAUUAAGGUUGGGGGAAUUUAAUUCGAAUUC